AUUUCUAAACAUUCUAAUAAAACUAUUAGAGGAAGUGUUAGGAAAUUAAAUCAUCUUUUCCGUAUUAUAUAUAAAAAUGACGCCUACGUUCUGUUGGAUAUUCCUGUUGGUGUUGGCGUUGGUGGGCCGCGCCACGAGCGUGCCAAGGCCUCUCACGGUCGACGCUUGCGCCCUACUCUGCAAUCCCGGGGCAGAGACUGAAUCCGAGCAAGAGAGGGAUCUGAUACUAUUUCCCCGAUAUCCCAAGGUAAACUGCAGGCUCCAGUCCACCAGCGACGAGCACCAGGCGUUUGCUAUUAUGGGCCACUGUUUGAAACUGUGCAAUUACGAUCUAUCAAUCCCGUCGGAAGUCAACUGUUUUGCUCUGAGAUCAUCCCUCGAAGCAAGUAUAGGAUGUUAUUGUGAUGCUUUAACACCCUUGAGUCCGAACACUAUGCGCCUUCACGAAAGUUGGCGGCUCAACUUUCUGGUAAAGGAGUUGGCGAAGGAUAUCAUGACUACGAUUCUCGAUUCACCUCUUGACGUAAUCAUCCUAUGCGAGAUUCGUGACGAACUGUUCAAGGACGUCUCCAUAAAUUCUGGAAAAUUAGAGACAGCUUGUAUAGCCCGAGAUAGUACUAAUGUACAAUCGAAUGACGAACGAGUAAGACGAGAUGUUGACGAGAGUGAAAUAAAUGAUGAAACAUUAAUCGAUGAAGAAUUGAACGACGAAACUAUAGGAAAAUUGGAUGAAGAAGCGAAGAAAUAUGAAAACAUAGACGUAUGGGAUUAUAUAAAUAUAAGGAAACGCGAAUCGCCACUUCCCGAAAAUCUAGACUCGUCCAAAGAGAAGACUGCCGAAGCUUCCUCCCAUCAGGAUCAAGACAACCCAACAUUAGGUGAACAUAGUGAAACAAAACAUAGUUGCUCAAAAUCGUGCAAUACCAAGCUUGAUAAUGAUGAAGUCUGUCGAUAAUGAUAAAAUUGUGAAAUGGAAAAAAGCUGAACAAUUAUAAAACAUACAUAGACAAAAAUAACAGAUAGGAGAGAGAGUUCGCGUGAAGAGCACAAAUUUUCAUAUUUUGCAUUAAUCGUUAGCUUAUAGUUAAUCCAUUACGUUAAAAAAGUGUUUCUCAUCGUAAUCAGGAAGACGUAAAAUAGAAGUAAUUUGAGACUAUAUGAUUUUCCUUUCGAUUUUGUUAUAUAAAUUAAUUUUUGUCCCAGCAGU